AUGAUGAAUGUCAUCUAAUUCUUCUUCUCAUUAAUCAAUCAUUUAGAAGAUUGCUUCAACCAAUUCUGUCAAAGCACCACUGCUACCUAAUUCAACUUCUGCGAAUUCCACAAAAAAAGAAGCCCAUUAAGAUUUUUUUCAUUUAUUCAUCACUUAUUCAAAACACCCAAUAUUAAGCAAAUCAAAAUUCCUGUUAUCAUUAUAUUAAAUAAUAAAAACGAAUAUUCAAAUUUAUCCAUUAAAUGUUAUCAAAAUUCAAGAUUUUUGUUAAAAAUUUUUUUUUUUAAAUAAAAACAUAAGGAAAAUCAGAUCACAUUUUUUUUUCGAUAAUUUUCAAAAAAUGCGAACGAGUUUUAAAGACACUUUUAGACCAACCCUAACCGUACUUUGAAUAAAAAUAUAUUUUGUAAUUUUAUGUAGAUUUUACCAAUCAGAUAUUGAUUUUCUUAGUGAAAAUCAAAAACCAAUAACUGAAGAAUUAAAAAAAUUUUGAAGAGUUUUUUUAUUUUUGCUCUAUUAGUAGGUGUUUAGUCAAACCCAAUAAGGUGCUUUUAAUUCUUGGCCGAUGUUUUUUUUCAUUUAAUUUUAAUCAAACAGAAUCCAAUAAUUGUACCCAGUGUACUUGGAAUGUAAUUAUUUUAUAAUAACAUGUAGACUUUACCAAACUCAAACCUCGACAUUACUUCUGAUAAUUAAAGAGGGACUGAUUAAUAAUUUUUUCAAAUUGACAAAAUAUCUUGCUAUGUCAUGAUAUAUUAAUAAGAAAUCAAGUAUAUAAAUAGAAUCAGCAUGAUAUGA